UGGCUACACCACUGAACGUAUCUGGUCGUGUAUAGCUGGCAAGGAGUCCUAACAUGAGAGUGAGUGGAGGAGAGAAAGUGUGAAGAAGAGAACAGUUGGUAAGCAGCGGGAGAGGGCGGGCUUAAAGGAAAGAAACCUUACAGGAGACUCCACAUAAACUGUAAGCAAAAUAAACACAACAGAAUACGGGAUUCAUUAUCGGACUUUCACCAUUUACAUCGCUGGCUGUCGACAAUCGCAUCCGAGCGGGAAUGGAUCUACCUGCCGUCGGCGAACACGUCUUCGCUGUGGAGGGAAUCGAGAAGAAGCGCAUACGGAGGGGCAGAAUCGAGUACCUGGUGAAAUGGAGAGGAUGGUCCCCAAAGUACAACACGUGGGAACCGGAGGAAAACAUUCUUGAUCCUAGGCUUCUGGUGGCAUUUCAAAACAGAGAGAGACAGGAGCAGCUGUUAGGAUAUCGGAAACGAGGACCAAAGCCAAAACAUCUGUUAGUCCAGCUCCCUGCAUUUGCCAGAAGAUCUAGCAUUCUCGCCAACUUCCAGGAUUCAUCCCAAGAUGAAGAAAACCAAAUCAAGCUAGACUCCAUUCCCAUGCACCGUUCCCAGCCUCAGCAGUAUCAGCUGAACAGCAAGAAGCACCACCAUUACUUGCCCAACAGUCAGGAGGUAUCACCAGAGCCACACACACAUGGCAAAAAGAAAUACUUUUACCAGCUCAACAGCAAAAAACAUCAUCAUUACCAACCGGACCCUAAGAUGUAUGAUGUGCAGUUUGCUAAGGUGAAAGAGACAAAACCUCAGGGCCCUCCAAGUCAGAGCUGGAACCUACCCCCAUCCUUGCAACAGAAGUGGGUCAGGGACAAAGACACCGGCUGCCUGAGCAAAGUGAAAGAUCUCAUUGUGGAACCAAAGAAACCAUCUACCAACACAAGCCAACCAGAGCAGCAGCCCAACACAAGCCCGAAAGAAGGCAGCCUUCCCAAUGCCGUCAGCAGCAAGAUGAAGAUAAUCAAAAACAAAAACAAGAAUGGCAGGAUCAUUAUUGUCAUGAGUAAGUACAUGGACAGCAAUGUGUCAUCGACGGACUUGGCAAAUGGAGACACUUUAAGGUCUCCUCGCCAGGGUGGAGAACCUGAGGACAGUGGCACAGACCACUCCCCAGAGCAGGCCAAGGUCACGAGCCACCAGGAAGACGGCACAGCAGAGAAGGAUUCUAGAGGUCGCUCUCUGGAUUAUAAAAAAGAAAGGUCCUUCAAAGAGCACAGAAUCCCAAAAGAAAGAAACAUUGAUGAGGAGCAUUGUAGAAUAGAUACUUUGGAGGGUCAGUUUAAUACCAAAGUAGAUCAACCUUUACAGCUUACUAAUAAAACAAGCCCUGUGCCAAGUGCCCCACUGGAGGUAAGCAGAUGUCAUUCAGUCCCAAAUGAUCGGAAGCGGACCUUGUUGGAGCCUGUAGAGCACGGGUCAGACUGUAAAAAGUUUCUGUGCUCAAGGAGCACAAGUGCCCCUAGUACAGUAUCUUCCCCUUACCAGAGCGAACCUAUGAACCUACACCUUGGUGACCAGUGUACAAGGAAUGGUUACAGUGCGUUUGCAGGCGCCAACCCUGACGAACCCAUUGAUCUGAGCUUGUGGAAGUCUCCGAAACAGGUAGAGCCCACUGCGGGGGCUCCUACCUCUGACCAACAGUCAGCGGAGACUCCAAAGAGGCCAGAGGAACCCGAGAGCCAUUUCAAACCAUUUCAGGGCAACGUUGUCAUUACUGAUAUCACAACAAACUGCCUCACGGUGACCUUUAAGGAAUAUGUCUCCAUCUGAUCUGACAGUCAGAGAGAAGGCACCACUGGGUAUUUGUACAUAUGUAAAUAACGUGUACAAAAAAUAUUCAUAUGUAUGUACAAUCUAUAAUGUAUAAACAUUAUGUUGCUGCUAGAUGCAGAAUCAGAGGAGUGUCCUCAUUUUGAGUGUUUUAUAAGUUUGUAUAUGAAUGUUAGAACAUGUACUUAAAGCUGCAUUGCUAAAGAUUGUUUGGGAUUCAAAGCACCUAAUUAUGACAAUUAUGGUUGAAGUCAGUGAGCUACAUGGUAUUUUAAGGCUCGCUGAAAAAAGCACUUAUGUACCCAAGCUUACAAGCAACGUGGUAAUUAACAAUGCCCGUUGAAGAAAUAUGUCUGCACGAUUUAAAGAGAUCAUUUUUUAUUGAGGGAGACAUUUUGCAAAGCUAUUUUCUUGGUUAAGAUCCAUUUGAUUGAAGAUGCUAAUGAGCUAGUACACCGAAUAAUUAGCAGACCACUUAUUUUAUUGUGGUGUUAAAUCUUGCCUCAAACAUGAUCAUACAUUUGUAUGUUUUCCCAAAAGAGCUCAACAGAGUUGUCCGCCAUUCCCGUCAUCAGAUACUAACAUUUUUUUUUUUUCCAUGUGAUUCUUGAUAAGGCAUAAAACUGGAUGGAGUGUAGCACUUACAGAUUGUCUUCAUGGGUUAACAAGCUUGUUAGAUAUUCAGAAAACCAAUAAAGCACAUAAUGUUUGAGGUAUGGUCGGAAACAAGUUAUAUUGCUGUGUUAUACUGGUGCUCAUCUGUCUGCAUCCCAGAGUUGUCAAUGAUCAAUUGAUUUGUAUGAUCAGGGGGGUAUUCCAAGUACGUGUUUUAGUGACAAACCUGGGUAAGUUAACUCAGAGUAAGUGGUAAACCUCCUACAACAAGAGCCCUAUGGCAUUGUUUUUUGUUAGGAGAAUGAAGCCAUACAGCUCUUCUAUUUACUGCCUACUCUGUGUUAACUUACCCAGGUUUGUCACUAAACCACAUACUUGGAAUACCCCCCUGGCCAGGCCACAUACUUUUCAAACACAAGAGGAGGAAUGGCCAAAUAUUAAAUACAAAAAUAUAAUCCCUUAGCACAAACUAUUAUAAAACGGCUGCUAUAACGGAUGUAUCAAUAGUUGUUGCUCUUUCAGUAUAGCAGAAUGUAGUCUACGGCAACAUCAGAUAAUGCCUGUCGUACACAUUUACAACAGAGUAAGCUUCAAUGUCUGUGGAAUGGUCAAAAGUAUAAGUAAUGUUGGCUGUUAGGCUAUUUAACUAUAUUUUCAGUUCAAAGGUAGCCUCUUGCUCAUAUAUAGGUAACUGAAUAUUCAGCUGAACAUUUCUAUCCUAUGCACAAAUUUGUAUUUGUUAUACAAUUUGUUAAAGAGCAGACAUGUAUGUGUACAUUAAAAGCAUUUCAAAGAAA